CACCACACCACAUCGCCAGCUGGCAAAAAGACAAAAGACGAGAAAUGUUUUUCUUGUAAUCUGAUCUAUUUUGCACUUUUUCAAUCUCUAAAUCAAUUUCAAGAGCAUAGAAAUGAAUUUCAACGCGUCCGAUGCUCGUCACCGUAAGCCAAAUUUUCCUCCUGAAAAUCUGGAAACCAACGACGGGCGCAAAACACCCCGAAAAAUGAAGCAUGGUGGUCCCCCUAUGCCUCCUCAACAAAUGCCCCAACCUUAUUACGGAGCGCCUUACGGAAAUCCUAUGACUCCAGACCCUAUGUACAACCCGAACUAUGGGGGUUAUGCACAGGACGGAAUUUACGGUGCCCAGCCUAAUCAACCUUACCAACCAAUGCCACAAGAGUACAGUGCUCCAGGAUUUGCAAUGCCAGGCUUGACAGACCCAAUGGCAAAUGCUGCCUUUCAGUACGGCCAGGUGCUGAUGGGCCAAGGAACCCAGGCAGUUGGAAGAGAGUUCGAGAAAUACGUUCCCGUUUCUCGGCUCAAAUACUACUUUGCAGUGGACACCGGUUACGUAGUCAAAAAAAUGCAACUUCUUUUGUUUCCAUUUUGGCAUUCAGAUUGGUCUAUCAAAUACGAAGCCGACAGUCAGCCAGUGCAACCGAGGUACGAGCUGAAUGCUCCAGAUCUGUAUAUACCCCUCAUGGCCUACGUGACCUAUGUCUUAGUUGCAGGAUUGGUGCUGGGCACCCAGGAGAGAUUUACACCAGAAAUGUUGGGAAUACAGGCUAGCUCGGCGCUGGCUUGGACGUUGCUGGAGUUGGCUGUCAUUUCUGUUGCCAUGUACAUAACGAGCAUCAAAUCCAACCUGAAAAUGCUAGACAUGCUCUCUUACAGUGGAUAUAAAUUUAUAGGAGCUUUGUCAGCUGUCAUGGCGGGACUACUUUUUAAAAGUGCAGGAUACUAUGUAGUUCUCGUUUACUUCAGUUUUGCACUUGGAUUUUUCCAGAUGCGCUCCCUGAAGUGGCAGCUGCAGUCUGAUGGCACUGCUAACCACUCUGAUCCAUAUGGCUCAAGUACAGGUACAAAGCGGCGGUUCAACUUGCUGAUCCUGAUGGUGGCCUUGCAAACGGUGAUCAUGUGGCGACUUUCGGCUCACCUAAUUACUCCAUAAAACUGUUGGAAAUAAUCAAUACCAAAGUGCCAAUUCGUGUACUGUUUUGAUUUGAAAAUUUUCAGU